AUGUGUGCGACAGGAUAUGCCAAGGAUGGUCAGACAAGUUGUAAACUGUUCGACGAGUCAUUCGUCAUGGUGGCAACGAAAAGCAAGGUUGCCGGAUAUCCCUUGGACGACUCACGUCAAAAGGGCAUUGCUAUGGAUCCUAUUGGAGGUCUAUCGAUCACAUCGAUCGAUUACGAAUUCGAAAGCAAGAGCAUCUUUGUAGCUGAAGCGUCCGGUAUCAACAAGGGUAUCACCGCGUAUACUAUUGGUGAAUCGGCCCCUCGACCAAUAGAUUCCGAAAGGACCAAUAUUGAAGUAUGCAAAUUGGAUGGGCAGUACAGAAAGAUUCUGUUCACGACCAAGACCGAAACACCCAGCUCGAUCGCUGUGGAUCCAAUCGGCCGCUAUCUGUACUGGGCCGAUCAAGGGCAAAAACCCAGCAUUCAGAAUCCUUUGUUAGCGUGCGUCCUCGAUGGAACUCGUCGGGAAGUCGUGGUCGGAUCGGAGCAUGUUGCUGAACCGACUGAUGUGAUUGUGGAUCCAGCCAGUCGUAUGGUCUACUGGGCCGACGCCAAGAAGGACGGAAUCUACAGGAUUCGCCCAAGCGGUGGCGUUCCGGAACUUGUCAGAGCUGAUAUUGCCUCUGCUGCUGGAAUAUCCCUCAUUGGCCAGCAAAUGUUCUGGACCGACAAUCGUCUGGAGAAAGGUGUUCAGAGCGUCCAGGCUAGUAAACCUAAUCCAAACCUCGCUGUUGCUUGCACCAACCACUGUAGCCGCAUCCCUGAAGGAUCUGGGUGA